UACCCUUCGCUUCACUCUGCUCUGGACUCAAAAGAAAGGAAAUGAUGGCGUUUGCUUCCUCGAUUUACACGUCCAUGGCGGUUCAUUGCUUAUCAUCCUCUCUCCGCCACCGCCUCUUCGUGGGCCAACCCGGCCCCACCCGUCUGAUUCUGCCACGUCACCCUCAAUUCCGCUCUGUUCUCGCUCUCGCUCGCCGCCGAAACCCCAGCUCUUCAACCACCGGCUCUUCGUCUUCGAAGAAAAAGAGGGUAAAGAAAAGUUUGCCUCGUAAGGAUGCUGUGGGCAAGGAUGAUCUAGAUGAUGAUGCCUUUGAGGCACUCUUUAGUCAACUGGAAGAAGAUUUGAAAAAUGAUGACCCCUCCCUGGGUGACGGUGAUGAGGAGAUAAGUGAAGAAGACCUUGCUAGGCUUGAGCAAGAGUUAGCGGAGGUACUGGGAGAUGUUGACAUGGGAAUGUUGAACUCAGCUGCAGACGAUACUGAGAGUGAUAAUGAUGCUGAAGAAGAAGACGAUGAUGAUGAUGAAGAAGAAGAAAAGCCAGUGAAGCUUAGAAAUUGGCAACUUCGAAGAUUGGCUUCAGCUUUAAGAACUGGCCGCCGUAAAACUAGUAUCAAAACUCUUGCUGCUGAGCUUUGUCUUGAUAGGGCUGUUGUUCUUGAAUUGCUACGUGACCCCCCUCCAAAUCUUCUAAUGAUGAGCGCUGCUUUACCAGAUGUACCUGCAUCAACAGUAUCAGUAUCGGUGCCUGAAACCAAACCCGUGGAAAGUAAUCAUAGCAUGACAAGUGUGGAUGCUGCAGAACCUAGUACCAAGGUGCAAGAACCUGUUCAUGUCAUGCAACAUAGGUGGUCUGCUCUAAAGAGACUGAAAAAAGUGCAAGUUGAAACCCUUGAAAGAGUUUAUAGAAGAACAAAGCGCCCUACUAACGCUAUGAUUAGCAGCAUUGUGCAUGUGACGAACUUACCCCGCAAAAGAGUUGUAAAAUGGUUUGAAGACAAACGCUCUGAAGAGGGAGUUCCUGACAAUCGUCUUCCAUAUCAACGGUCUGUUCCUGAAUCUGUUUAGUUCCCGUUAAAAGACUCUGUACAAGUAUGUAACAAGAUUUUGUCCAUCACAUCUGAUAGUGUACAUAUAAAGGCUCUUUUUUUC